AUGGAGGGCCUGGGAUACAAGACGGCCCCGGCGUUCUCGAUCCUGGACACCUGCUACGACCUGACGGGGUACCAGGGGGGGAGCAUCGUGCUGCCCGCGGUGUCGCUGGUGUUCCAGGGCGGCGCGUGCCUGGACGUGGACGCGUCGGGGAUCCUGUACGUGGUGGACGUGUCGCAGGCGUGCCUGGCGUUUGCGGCCAACGACGACGACACCGACGUGACCAUCGUCGGGAACACGCAGCAGAAGACGUACAGCGUGCUGUACGACCUCGGCAAGAAGGUCGUCGGCUUCGCCCCAAGAGCUUGCUGA